AUGGUGCAAAGCCGUUUUAAUUGUCUUAUUCCUGCUUUCAAAAUGGAUUUUCUGAAUCAAAAUCGGCCAUUUCAUGUCGACAGUGGCGUUCCGGCCUUUACAAUAGGCUGUAGCUCUUGGGCUGAGCAGAUGCCGAUGUUAAUGAAAGCAUAA